AUAAGAAAGGGCCCUACUCUAUCGACGCUAUUACGCCCGUCCUCAUCGCAGUUUGAUAAGUUUCGUCUUCCGUCUCGCCUGGAUCUUGAUCGCCGAUUCAAUAAAUCGAUAUCGAUAUUCUCUCCAAUUCGAAGUACUGUUACUAUUCUACAAAAUGUUUUGGUGAUCCAGAGAAAUAGUGUUCAAUCAUCUCAAUACAGCUGGUAGCAAACGCUAGCAGCGACACCUACCCUCUCUGGGCAAGCAAGCGUGGCUAAUCAAGGCACCAAAAGAAAAAUGAGCAGUUCCGAGGAGGUAUCAUGGAUCUCGUGGUUCUGCGGGCUCAGAGGAAAUGAAUUCUUUUGUGAGGUGGAUGAAGACUACAUUCAAGAUAAGUUUAAUCUCACAGGACUGAAUGAACAGGUGCCACAUUAUCGUCAGGCUCUGGAUAUGAUUCUAGACCUUGAACCUGAUGAUGAAAUCGAUGAUAAUCCAAACCAAUCGGAUUUAAUAGAGCAGGCUGCUGAAAUGCUUUAUGGUCUUAUUCAUGCCCGUUACAUUCUCACAAACCGAGGCAUAGCACAGAUGAUUGAGAAGUAUCAGUCUGGAGAUUUUGGCCACUGUCCACGAGUGUAUUGUGAGUCGCAACCAAUGCUUCCACUGGGACUCAGUGACGUGCCAGGAGAGGCCAUGGUGAAAAGUUAUUGUCCCAAAUGCAUGGAUGUAUAUACGCCUAAAAGUUCACGCCAUCAUCACACUGACGGCGCAUACUUCGGGACUGGAUUCCCACACAUGCUGUUCAUGGUUCAUCCUGAAUAUCGGCCAAAGCGUGCUACUAAUCAGUUUAUACCAAGGUUAUAUGGAUUCAAAAUCCAUCCUUUGGCAUAUCAGAUUCAACAACAAUCUGCUUCAACCUUCAAAGCCCCAUCAAGAACUCUCACCUAUAAUAAUGGAAAGCGUUAAAAUUUUACUUAUAUUUGAAUUAGAAAAUUUUCAUUCGUUUUUCGUAAUACAAAUCAUAAUUUCGCUGACAUGUUUUAAGUAAGUUGCAAUUUUUUUAUCACCUUUCUUUGUUGUUAGAUAUCACUGAAUCCAAAUGAGCGAACAAAUCGUCAAUGGAGUACGUGCAAAUGUAAAUUUUUGAGUUCGAAACUUUGCAACUUGGUUUUACCGGUAUAUUUUGCUGAAUUUCGAGAAUACAUUACAUUCUUUAUUGUAUAGCCAAGUAAGACAAACAUCAAUCUUUGUCAAUCGUGUAUUCAAUUUGUAACGUGCGAUGCUGAUUGUAUACUUCACAUACAUAUAAAAGGAAAAGAAAACAAAGGAAAAACGAUAAACUGAAUAUGUGCAUUAUUAUCCAUGUUACACGCGGAAAGAAGAUUAUUAAAUAUGUAACUACAUCUAAGAAUUGAACGUACCGCUAUUAGCUGUCUAGCAGGUAAAAAAUGAGUCCUAAAAAAUCAUUUCGCAUAAUUAGUUGAUCUACAAUAAGAAUCAAUCAUUGAUGUAUUUCGGCCAUGAUUCGAGCAGUACCAGUUUUAAAAUUAUUGAGAUCACAACAACAAGUUGGACAAACAAAAAUAGUGUAUAAAUAAAAAAUGUUUGUUAAACAUAAUUUAAUUUAUACGUGAAUAAAUGACUACUAUAAAAA